AUGAGCGGCCUCCUCCCCUCCCUUGGGCGCGCUCUGCCCAGCGCCUCGUCGUCGCGCGCCGCCGCCUUCUCGACCUCCGCCCUUGUCGCUGCUGCCCCGAAAAUGGGAGCGAAGAGUUUCGCGAAGAAGAAGUCGCCUUCCAAGCGUCAGGGACCUUCCCCGCGCGUCAAGGUCCACCGUCUGAAGCUCACCUCUAACCUCGCGCGACCGGCUCCGGACAUGUCCGACCUUGUCCAGCUCUUCCCUGAGAGCAUCAUCGCCGAGAACACUGCCAAGCUCAGCGUCAUCCCGCGCAAGACGUUCGACGUGAUCCAGACCUUUGGACUGCCGGCCAAGGUUGACAAGGACCUGACGCUGGGUGCGCCUGCCACUGUCAUCCGACAGGCGACGCUGGACAUUGUGAAGGCGCUGGAGAACGGAAAGGAUGGAGACAGCAAGGAGGCGCGGUACAUGAUCACGGGAGAGCGGGGAGCGGGCAAGAGCAUGCUGCUGCUGCAGGCUGUCUCGUACGCUCUCGAGUCUGGGUGGAUCGUCUUCUACCAGCCGCGAGCUUCGAAGUGGGUCAACUCGUCGUCGCAGUUUGCGUACAACGAGGAGAAGAUGAUGUUUGACCAGCCCGAGGCGGCGACCGACAUGCUCCAGAAGCUCCUCUCGGUCAACCGCAAGACGCUAUCGAAGGUCAAGCUUACCGAGGACGUCGUCCUCUCCGAUGCUACUGUCAAGAAGGGCGAGGGUCUCGACAAGCUCAUCGACCACGGGCUGAAGGAGGACUCGGACACGGCGGUCGCGACGCUCGACGCCGUCCUCAACGUUCUCAGCACGCAGACGCAGUUCCCCGUCCUCUUCGCCAUCGACGAGGUCCAGUCCCUCUUCUGCACCUCCAAGUACCGCCGCCCGGACUUCAAGCUCCUUGAGGCGUACAACCUCGGGAUGCCGCGUGUCAUUCUCGAUCUCCUCUCUGGCGCUCGCGAGAUGAAGCGUGGUGCUGUCCUCACCGCCACUGCGCUCAGCCAGACCGACGUCCUUCCCUCCGACUCGCUGAUCAAGGGCCUCGGCCUCCCCAUCCGCCGCACCAUGCACGCCUACACCCCCAUCGACGAGACGUAUUACAACUACGCCAACUCUGGCAUCAAGCGCAUCGACGUCCCCUUCGGCAUGAGCGGCCACGAGGCUGUGGCCAUGUUCGAGCUCUUCGCGCGCAAGGGCUGGACCUCUAACAGUGAGUAUCAGGUUUCGAGUUUCAUUGCGUUUCAUAUAUCUCCGGUCAUGUUGAGUUCUCCGGUCAUGUUGAUGUGUUCCGAUUACGAUCUCGGAUCUGAAGCCAUCAGGCGCAUCGAGGCGCCACUCGGACUGGCAUCUGAGCAUCUGCAUCGCUAG